AUGAUGAGAGGACCGCUCGCCCGGUUCGGCCGGCCCCUUGUGGUGCCGGUGGUCGAAUCGGAACAGAAGGAGCACGACAAGGAGCACGACAAGGAAGCCGGCGCCAUCGACGUACCGCCGCACGCCAGCGAGUCCGACUCGGAUGCGAUCGACACCACUGCCCAGGCCGGUGUCCAGAAGAUCGAGGCCACUACUAAGGUCUGGUCGCAACGGGAUCUCAUCCUAGCUUAUAUCUUUAUCUGGAUCAUCUACUUCGUCGACUCCAUGCAACAGGGCAUGGGCAAUCUGUUUGGUCCGUACGUCACGAGCACAUUCUACCAGCAUUCCUUGACUGCCACCACCGGUGUCAUGUCUGGCAUCAUCGGCGGUGUUUCGAAGCUCCCUCUGGCCAAAAUCCUCGAUAUCUGGGGUCGUCCCCAGGGCUUCCUCGUCGUCGUCCUCAUCAUGACACUCGGUCUUGUUAUGAUGGCGGCGUGCGAAAAUGUCGAAACAUACGCCGCUGCGCAAGUGUUCUACUGGGUUGGGUAUAACGGAAUUAGCUACUCUCUCUCCGUCUUCAUCGCCGAUACGUCCUCGCUGAAGAACCGAGGUCUGAUGUUGGCCUUUAUCAGCUCCCCUUACAUCAUCACCGUAUGGAUUACAGGUCCCAUGGCCGAUCAUGCCCUAACCGGUAUUGGCUGGCGAUGGGGAUUCGGUAUCUUCUCCAUCAUCACUCCGGUCAUGUGCCUGCCCCUGUUCUUCCUUUUUACUUGGAAUUACGCGAAAGCCCGGAAGGCUGGCCUGCUUGCCUUGACUUCUAGCGGCCGAACAACUUGGCAGUCCAUCAAGCACUACUUCUGGGAAUUCGAUAUCGUCUGCCUGAUCCUGCUCUGCGGUGGCUUCGCGCUGUUCUUGCUUCCGUUCAACAUCUAUUCUUACCAGUACUACGGCUGGAGAGACCCCCUGACCAUCUGCAUGAUCGUCUUUGGCGCUCUGCUCCUCGUCGCCGCCGUUCUCUGGGAGAGGUUCCUGGCGCCCGUCAGGUUCAUGCCCUGGGAACUCCUCAAGGACAGGACUGUGCUCGGAGCCUGCAUCCUGUCCGCGGUCCUGUUUGUCGAAUUCUAUGUCUGGACCGCCUAUUUCACGUCUUUCCUGCAGGUCGUUAUGAACUUGUCCGUAACGCAGACCGGCUAUAUCGGCAACAUCUAUAGUGUAGGGUCGUGCUUCUUCUCGUUUAUCGUCGGAUGGAUAAUCCACCGCACCGGCCACUUCAAGCAGAUUACCCUGUACUUUGGCGUGCCGAUGACGAUUCUCAGCAUCGGUCUCCUCAUCCACUUCCGGCAGCCCGACACCCACAUCGGAUUCAUCAUCAUGUGCGAGAUCUUCUACGCCUUUGCCGGCGGCGCCUGCGUCAUCGGCGAGCAGAUCGCCGUCAUGGCCGCGGCAGCCCACCAACACGUGGCCGUCGUGCUCGCCAUGGAAGGCAUGUUCAGCAGCGUGGGGGGUGCUAUCGGUGGCUCGAUCUCGGCGGCCAUCUGGACGGGCCUGUUCCCCGUCAGGCUGGCCGAGAACCUGCCGCCCGAGUCGCAGGCAAACCUCACCGACAUCUACGCCAAGCUCCCGACGCAGCUCUCGUAUCCGAUAGGCUCGCCGACUCGAGACGCCAUCAUACUCUCGUACGGGGAGGCCCAGAAGUGGAUGUUUGUCGCCGCCACGGCGAUCACCGGGUUGGGCCUCGUGUGCGUGAUGAUGUGGCGCGACAUCAAGGUCAAGGAUCUCAAGCAGGUCAAGGGUCGGGUGGUUUAA